AUUCACAGUAAGGCAAUGCUAUAUACAUUUUCAGUUGUCUGUAUAGACUGUUACCUUUUAUUAAUGCAAUAAGAGUUUGGAAAUCAUAACUUUUUGUGUAAAUGUUUUAUCCAUCCAUCCACCCACCCAUCCAUCCUUUUAUCCAUCUGCCCAUCCAUUCAUUUUUCCGUCCAAUUAUUCAUUCACCUUUCCGUCUAUUUGUUUCUCAAACUGAUUAUUUCUCAGUUUAUCUGCUUGUCCAUUGUCCAGUUGUUUGGCCAUCCAUCCAUCCAUCCAUCCAUCCAUCCAUCCAUCCAUCCAUCCAUCCAUCCAUCCAAACCAGUCAAUUAUCCUGCCGUUUAUUCAUCUGUUUGUCCAUGUAUUUAUUUGUUCGUCCAUCUAUCCAUUUGUCUAUCGUCCAACAAUUUAUCCAUCUCUUUUAGAUCUUUUUGUUUGUUGUCCAUCAUCUAUCCAUCCUCCCGUUUGUCCAUUGUCCAUCCCGAUCGUUCAGGCUGGAUAUCCAUCCAUCAGUUAGUUUGUCUGGUUGUCCACACAGCUGUCCAUCCAUUUGUCCAUUCGUAUCUCUGUCUUUCCGUCUUUUUGUCCAUUGAUCCACCCGCCUGUCCGUCUACAACCCAUUCCUUUAAUUUACUAUCCGCCCAUUUAUCUGUUCGUUAAUUUUCCCAUCUUCGUCCAUUCAUCCAUCAUCCGUUCAUCUACACUGAAAACUCUGGAAAUUUGAGUCUGGAAAAGUUUGCAAUUUUGACUUGAAAAAUAUGUAGAAACCCUGGAGUCCCAUUAGAAAUCCAAUAUAGAAUUUACUAGCAAACAUCAUGUGACCCACCGUAAGGAACUGGCCGAGGGCGCGUUUCAUGGCUGAACCGCCACUGGAGCAAAGCAACAGUUGUAAGAGGUUUGAAAUAUUCAUAUCGUUUGUUCCCAGCAAAUUAAGUCUUUGUGUUUUUACAGCCAAUGAUAAAUGAAGAGGAGCACCGCAAGCUGAGAGCCCAAUUGUUCCGAGGGUACAUCCAGGGAGCGUGCGCAGUGCAUAGAUAUUUGUGCGCUAGACUUUAACAACAAGGUCCCAACAAAAAUGUUUCAUUUUUUUCAAUGUUUAGGUAUACGUAGGAGCGGACUUCAUCUGGUAUAUUUACAAUGAUCCCCUGUCCUCUAGUGAGUGGGCGGACACAGCGUCCUAGUGCUGGCGUAUUGAUCUGGGUGAAGUGUAUCUAGGUGCGCUCGGUCCGUCGUAGGCGGGAGCAGCAGCGGUCAGGUCUGCUCCGGUUUGGAGAGGGGAGGCUCCUACUUCAGAGGCAGCUCUCUGAGCCUGUGGUGCGCCCUCACAACCCAAAAAUACAUGCCUGCAUCUCAGAGGUGUGGAGCUGUUAGCUGCUGCUGCUGCUGCUGCAUACGACGGCUACGUCCAUCUGACCGCUGAGUCGCUGACAAACAACAGGUGUCUACAUUGUACUGGUAAAUCCCAGGGAAGAUGUCCCAUCGAAGUGGGCAAGAGGACCCGGAGCGGUACCUGUUUGUUGACCGGGCCGUUGUGUACAACCCGGCCACACAGGCUGACUGGAUGGCCAAGAAGCUGGUGUGGGUCCCCUCGGAACGCCACGGCUUUGAGGCGGCGGGUAUCCGGGAGGAGCGCGGUGAGGAAGUGCUGGUGGAGCUGGCAGAGAAUGGCAAGAAGGUGGUGAUCAACAAGGAUGACAUUCAGAAGAUGAACCCACCCAAGUUUAGCAAGGUGGAGGACAUGGCUGAGCUCACCUGCCUGAAUGAGGCAUCAGUGCUGCACAACCUGAAGGACCGCUACUACUCUGGACUCAUAUAUACAUACUCUGGUCUUUUCUGUGUGGUCAUCAACCCCUACAAGAACUUGCCCAUCUACUCAGAUAACAUCAUAGAGAUGUACAGAGGAAAGAAGAGACAUGAAAUGCCUCCACACAUUUAUGCCAUCUCUGAGUCAGCAUACCGCUGCAUGCUUCAAGAUCGAGAGGACCAAUCAAUCCUUUGCACAGGAGAAUCAGGAGCCGGCAAGACCGAGAACACAAAGAAAGUCAUCCAGUACCUGGCCCAUGUUGCCUCCUCACACAAAGGGCGCAAAGACCACAACAUUCCUCCCGAUUCCCCCAAAGCAUUCAAGCUACAGGGGGAGUUGGAACGUCAGCUCCUGCAAGCCAAUCCAAUCCUUGAGUCAUUUGGUAAUGCCAAGACAGUAAAAAAUGACAACUCAUCUCGCUUUGGGAAGUUCAUCAGAAUCAACUUUGAUGUCACAGGCUACAUUGUAGGGGCCAAUAUUGAAACCUAUCUUCUAGAAAAGUCACGAGCCAUCAGACAGGCAAAAGAGGAGAGGACAUUCCACAUCUUCUACCGCCUGUUGGCAGGAGCUGGAGAGCAUCUUAGAACGGAUCUGCUUCUUGAGGGAUUUAACAGCUACAGGUUCUUGUCGAAUGGUAACAUUCCCAUUCCGGGCCAGCAAGACAAGGAUAAUUUCCAGGAGACAAUGGAGGCUAUGCAUAUAAUGGGUUUCUCCCAUGAUGAAAUAGUGUGCAUGUUGAAGGUGGUCUCUGCCGUGCUGCAGUUUGGCAACGUUGUGUUCAAAAAGGAGAGGAAUACCGAUCAGGCCUCAAUGCCUGAGAACACAGCGGCGCAAAAGCUCUGCCACCUGCUUGGCAUGAAUGUCAUGGAGUUCACCCGAGCCAUCCUCACCCCGAGGAUCAAAGUUGGACGAGACUAUGUGCAAAAAGCUCAGACUAAAGAGCAGGCUGACUUUGCUGUUGAAGCCCUGGCCAAGGCGACGUAUGAGCGGCUUUUCCGCUGGCUGGUCCACCGCAUCAACAAGGCGCUGGACAGGACAAAACGACAGGGGGCCUCCUUCAUUGGCAUCCUGGAUAUUGCAGGCUUUGAGAUCUUUCAGCUCAACUCUUUUGAGCAGCUCUGCAUCAACUACACCAAUGAGAAGCUGCAGCAGCUCUUCAACCACACCAUGUUCAUCCUGGAGCAGGAGGAAUACCAGAGGGAGGGCAUCGAGUGGAGCUUCAUCGACUUCGGCCUCGACCUGCAGCCUUGCAUCGACCUCAUUGAGAGACCGAAUAAUCCUCCAGGAAUCCUAGCUUUGCUUGAUGAGGAGUGCUGGUUUCCCAAAGCCACAGACAAGACAUUUGUGGACAAAGUGCUGCAGGAGUUAGGCACGCACGCCAAGUUUCAGAAACCGCGGCAGCUGAAAGACAAGGCAGACUUCUGCAUCAUCCACUAUGCGGGGAGGGUGGACUAUAAAGCAGAUGAAUGGCUAAUGAAGAAUAUGGAUCCUCUGAAUGAUAAUGUGGCCACGCUGCUUCACCAGUCAACUGAGAAAUUCGUGGCUGAGCUCUGGAAAGAUGACAUUCAGACGUUUCAGAGAGCCUCUUUCUAUGACAAUGUGUCUGGGCUUCAUGAAGCUCCAGUUGACCGGAUCGUGGGUCUGGACCAGGUGGCAGGCAUGAACGAGACGGCAUUUGGCGCUGCCUACAAGACCAAGAAAGGCAUGUUUCGCACUGUUGGACAGCUGUAUAAAGAGCAGCUGUCCAAACUGAUGGCCACGCUCAGGAACACAAAUCCUAACUUUGUGCGCUGCAUCAUCCCCAACCAUGAAAAGAGAGCGGGUAAAUUGGACCCCCACCUGGUUCUGGACCAGUUGAGGUGUAAUGGUGUGCUGGAGGGGAUCCGUAUCUGCAGACAGGGAUUCCCUAAUCGCAUUGUUUUCCAGGAGUUCAGACAAAGGUAUGAGAUCCUCACUCCAAAUGCCAUUCCCAAGGGAUUCAUGGAUGGCAAGCAGGCCUGCGAGCGAAUGAUUAUAGCACUAGAGCUUGAUGGCAACCUGUUUCGUAUCGGCCAGAGCAAGAUAUUUUUCAGAGCUGGAGUCCUUGCUCAUUUAGAGGAAGAGAGAGACCUGAAGAUCACUGACAUCAUUAUUUACUUCCAGGCCGUCUGUAGAGGAUAUUUGGCACGCAAAGCCUUUGCUAAGAAGCAGCAGCAGCUCAGUGCCCUAAAGGUCCUCCAGAGAAACUGUGCUGCUUACUUGAAGCUGCGUCACUGGCAGUGGUGGAGACUAUUCACAAAGGUGAAGCCGCUGCUGCAGGUGACCAGGCAGGAGGAGGAGAUGCAAGCUAAAGAUGAAGAGCUGGUCAAAGUGAAGGAGAAGCAUAUGAAAGUUGAAGGAGAGCUGGUGGACAUGGAGAGGAAACAUCAGCAGUUACUGGAGGAGAAGAACAUCCUUGCGGAGCAGCUUCAGGCAGAAACAGAGCUGUUUGCAGAAGCAGAGGAGAUGAGAGCUCGGCUGGCAUCCAAAAAGCAAGAGUUAGAGGAGAUCCUGCAUGACCUGGAGUCCAGGCUGGAGGAAGAAGAAGAGAGGAGUCAAGGACUGCAGAACGAGAAGAAGAAGAUGCAGUCUCACAUCCAAGACCUGGAAGAGCAGUUGGAUGAGGAGGAGGCUGCCAGGCAGAAACUUCAGCUUGAGAAAGUCACAGCUGAAGCUAAGAUGAAGAAGUAUGAAGAGGAUAUUUUACUGCUGGAAGACCAGACCUCCAAGUUCCUGAAGGAGAAGAAGCUGCUUGAAGACAGAAACAACGAAAUGACAUUGAUGUUAGCUGAAGAGGAGGACAAAGCCAAAAAUUUGGGAAAGAUGAGGAACAAGCAGGAGAUGAUGAUGGAUGACCUGGAGGAGAGACUGAAGAAAGAGGAAAAAACCCGUCAGGAACUUGAGAAGGCCAAGAGGAAGCUGGAUGGAGAGACAUCCGACUUCCAGGACCAAAUAGGCGAGCUACAGUCUCAGAUAGAGGAGCUUAAAGUUCAGCUGAGCAAGAAGGAGGAGGAACAGCAGAUGAUGCAAACCAGAGGAGAGGAAGAGAUUAACCAGAAGAACAACGCUCUGAAGCAGAUCAGGGAGCUGCAAGCCCAGCUGUCUGAGCUGCAGGAGGACCUUGAGUCAGAGAAGCAUGCCAGGAACAAGGCAGAGAAACUCAAGAGGGAUCUGAGUGAGGAGCUCGAGGCCUUGAAGACAGAACUGGAAGACACCCUAGAUACAACUGCAGCACAGCAGGAGCUCAGGACCAAGCGUGAACAGGAGGUGGCAGAGCUGAAGAAAGCCAUUGAAGAGGAAAUUAAGAACCAUGAAGCCCAGAUUCAGGAGAUGAGACAAAGGCAUGCAACUGCAUUGGAGGAGCUGUCUGAACAGCUUGAGCAGGCCAAGAGGUUCAAAGCUAACCUAGAAAAGACGAAGCAGAGCCAAGAGAGCGCCAACAAGGAACUGGCCAAUGAGGUGAAAACCUUACAGCACGCAAAGACGGAGUCCGAACACAAGAGGAAGAAGCUGGAGGGUCAGCUGCAGGAGUUCAUGGCCCGAGUCACAGAGGGGGAGAGGGCCAAAGUGGAACUGGCUGAACGCACACACAAGCUGCAGACUGAACUAGACAAUGUGUCCGCCCUGCUGGAAGAUGCAGAGAGGAAGGGGAUCAAGAUGGCUAAAGAUGUUGCUGGAUUAGAAAGUCAGUUGCAGGACACACAGGAGCUUCUCCAGGAGGAGACCCUCCAGAAACUGAACCUGAGCAGUCGUAUUCGCCAGCUGGAGGAGGAGAAAGCCACUCUGCAGGAGCAACAGGAGGAGGACGAGGAGGCACGCAAGAAUCUGGAGAAACAGCUGUUGACUGUACAGGCUCAGCUGUCAGAGAGCAAGAAGAAGCUUGAGGAUGAUGUUGGGACAAUAGAAAGCCUGGAGGAGGCAAAGAAGAAACUGCAGAAGGAUCUGGAGCUGUCGAACCAACGUCUGGAAGAGAAGACAAUUGCUUUUGAGAAGAUGGAGAAGACAAAUACUCGUCUUCAGCAGGAACUGGAUGAUCUCACUGUUGACUUGGAUCAUCAGAGACAGAUUGUCUCCAACCUGGAGAAGAAACAGAAGAAGUUUGACCAGAUGCUGGCUGAGGAGAAAAGCAUCUCAGCUCGUUAUGCUGAGGAGCGGGACCGUGCCGAAGCCGAGGUCAGAGAGAAGGAGACCAAAGCCCUGUCCAUGACGAGAGCUCUGGACGAGGCCCUUGAGGCAAAAGAGGAGCUGGAGCGGAUUAACAAGCAGCUCAGAGCUGAAAUGGAAGAUCUGAUGAGCUCAAAGGAUGACGUUGGCAAGAAUGUCCAUGAGCUGGAGAAGUCCAAGCGCACUCUGGAGCAGCAGCUUGAGGAGAUGAAGACCCAGCUAGAGGAGCUGGAGGACGAGCUGCAGGCCACAGAGGAUGCCAAGCUGCGUUUGGAGGUCAACAUGCAGGCCAUGAAAGCCCAGUAUGAAAGAGACCUUCAGGGACGGGAUGAUCAGAAUGAUGAGAAGAAAAGAGCCCUGGUCAAGCAGGUGCGAGAAAUGGAAGCUGAGUUAGAGGAUGAAAGAAAGCAGAGAGCUUUGGCUGUUGCUGCCAAAAAGAAGCUGGAGAUGGACUUAAAGGAUAUAGAAGGACACAUAGAAGGAGCCAACAAGGCUCGGGAUGAAGCCAUUAAGCAGCUACGCAAGUUACAGGCUCAAAUGAAAGACUAUCAGAGGGAGCUGGAGGACACCCGAGCUUCUAGAGAUGACAUUUUUGCCUUGUCUAAGGAGACUGAGAAGAAACUUAAGAGCCUGGAGGCGGAAAUUGUUCAGCUACAUGAGGAUCUGGCAGCUUCUGAAAGGGGUCGGCGUCAUGCUGAGCAAGAACGAGACGAGCUGCAGGAUGAGAUCUCAAACAGCACUUCUGGAAAGGCUGCUCUGAUGGAUGAGAAGAGGAGGCUGGAGGCUCGAAUCGCCCAGCUGGAGGAGGAGCUGGAGGAGGAACAGGGCAACAUGGAGCUGCUCAAUGACCGCUUCAGGAAAACAAACCUGCAGGUGGACACCUUGACUACAGAGCUGAGUGCGGAGCGCAGCACUGCACAAAAGAGUGAAAAUGCCCGGCAGCAGUUGGAGCGCCAAAACAAGGAUCUGCGUGUCAAGCUGAGUGAGCUGGAGGGGUCGGUGAAAAACAGGUUCAAGGCCUCCAUCACCGCUCUGGAGGCCAAGAUAGCACACCUGGAGGAACAGAUGGAGCAGGAAGCCAGGGAGCGGGCAGCAGCCAAUAAGAUUGUGAGAAGGACAGAGAAGAAGCUGAAAGAAGUCUGCAUGCAGGUGGAGGAUGAACGUCGCCAUGGUGAUCAAUUUAAAGAGCAACUGGAGAAGGCGAACUCCCGCAUAAAGCAGCUGAAGCGGCAGCUCGAGGAGGCAGAGGAGGAGGCCACCAGGGCAAAUGCCUCUCGCAGAAAGCUGCAGAGGGAGCUUGAUGACGCCACAGAGGCCAGCGAGGGUCUGAGCCGGGAGGUUCACACUCUCAAGAACCGUCUCAGACGUGGCGGCCCCAUAACCUUCUCUUCCAGUCGCUCAGGGCGACGCCUGCUGCAGGUAGAGGGAACCUCCUUGGACCUCCUGUCAGACGAUGAGCUGGAAAACAAGAUUACUGACAACAAUGCGAAUGAGACCCCAGCUCCCCAGCUGGAGUAGGAGAACCUAUCAUCUCUCCUUUAUACAUAUCACUAAACCACAACAAUCAUUCAGACUUUACCUGCUUCAACAGGGACCCUCUUCUUCCUUCACCACUUUAGGGUUUCAGUGAAUUUUCCUACAGCUCCUCUGUUAAUAUUUCCCAAAUUAUUAACCAUGUUAUUUUAGCCAGAAACCCUUUUAUUGCUCACCUUAUCAGAUAUAUCUUAUCUUUAGUAGACACCAGCAGUUGUAACCCCAACACCCUCAUUACCACUCCUCUGAAGUUUACUUCAGCAAGGCACUACUCUGCCUUAUCCUCCUGUGUUUAGUUACAGUGUUGUAGGCAAACCUUUAGAACUACCAAUCCUAGCUUGUAGAGGGUGCACAGGUUGGUGGGCGAUAAAUAUUGUUUGCUGGGGCAGUGAUUAGCUGUUCAAUAUGGUCCCAAACAAUAUGCCAACAGCACUGCAAAACAGGGAAAUUAUUAGACAGGAGCAGAUUGUGAUACAGUGCCUUGCAAAAGUAUUUAGAAAAACACUGAACCUUUCCACGUUUUGUCACAUUACAACCACAAACAUUGUAUUUUGCUGGGAUUUGUGAAGUUGAAGCGACUUGAUACAUAAUUUGUAUCAGUACUCAGUACUUUGUAGAAGCUUUUGCUGCAACUAUAGCUUCAAGUCUUCUGCGGCAUGUCUCUAGCAGUUUUGCAUAUCUAUAGAAUUAAGGUUUUCUUCUUUGCAAAACAGUUUAAGCGAUGAGAAUAUCUGUGAAUGGAUUCUCAAUUGCAUUUACUUGAUCUAUACAUUGACUGGAACAGUUUAAUACAUAGUUAUGCUUUGAUCUAAAGCAUUCAGUUGGAGCUCUGACUGCAUGUUUAGGGUUUUUGUCCUACUGUAGGGUCUGGUGCUGCCUCUAACUAGUUUUUUUACAGCUUUGCCUUGUAUAUACACUAUAUUGCCAAAAGUAUUGGCUCACAGCCCCAAAUCAAUGAAUUUUGGUGUUCCAAUCAUUUCCAUGGCUGCAAUUCUGGUUUUCUCAUCUAACUAUGAACACACUCCUAAACCUUGCGGGAAAUGUUUACAGAAUACUUAAAGUUGCUGUUGCUGGCAGCGGUGGGUCCAUCAACCUUAUAGAUUAAGAAUAGCAUGUCAUCAAAGUUCAUGUACAUGUAAAAGUAGAGAGAUACAUUCUUUGGGCAAUAUAGAGUAGCUCCACUCAUCUCCCCAUCAACUCUGACCAGCCCAUCUGACUGCUGAAGAAAAUAAUCUCCACAGCAAGAUGUUGCCAUCACCUUGUUACACCAUAGUGAUGGAGUUUUCAUAGUGAUGUGCAUUGUGUGCACUGGAUUGUAUUCCAGGCAUCAGAGUAAAGGAGGCUGGAUACAAAUGUACACCACACUUUUUCUUACGAAUGAAAAUCUUAAAACCAUGGACCAUUUUUCUUUCAGUUUACUAUUAUGCACUAAUUUUUGGUGAUCUAUCACAUAAAAUUCCAAUUAAAUAAAUUCAUGCUUGUGGUUUUAAGUUGAUAGAAGGGGAAAAUGUUCAAGGGCACUGUAUAAACAAAUACCAUCAUGAGUUUAUUUUGUCAUUGAUUUACCUAAUCCAGUGUGAGCAUCUUGUAAAUUAGUUUAAUUCUGUCAGUUGAGCUGUAAUUGAAUAGUGUUUGAUCAGUCCUGAACUAGGAUUGCUUGCUUUCACAUGAAUAUGGAAUUGUGACUGUGUGCUGCCUUCUUGCUCUUUUCUCUAAUGCUCGACAGUAGGUCAGUGUUGAAUCGAACCUGUUCAGUGUGAGUGCUAAAGACAGCAAUCGUGCCCCAUGUUAUCUCACUUUCUUCUUCUGUGCCUUUCAUAUUCCAGAAGCUGCACAUCCAUUUGUAUCACAUAUAUAGUUCAUAUAUUGAACCAUGUAUAAUGUCAUGAAGAUAUUUUCUUAAAAAUAUCAUAAAUUUGCAUAUUUAAUGAAAUAUAUGUCUCAUCCUAGUGAACGUUUUCCUUCGGCGUUGUGACCUUUAUAAAUGAUAUGUCAGUAGUGAGGAAAUCUUUGUAGAUGGGUGCUAUGACUUUUCUUAUUGAUAGCUUUUGUACGUUUGGAGUUACUAAGAAAUGUAAACAGUCAAUAGGUAUCAACUGUAUUUAUAUCUCUGCUAUUGUUUACAAUACAAACUGCAUUCAUAAUCCAAA